UUCGCUUAUAAUUUUACUUAUUUUGUAAUCAUUUUUUUUCCUCACUCCAAAUUAUUCUCCACAUUUAUUUCAAUGCUCUAAUUCUUCCUUUCUUUAACCAAUUAAUAACUGUUUAUCUUCCUUCUUUUCUGGUUUGUAAAUAAUCAUGGGCACAAAAAAUCAAGAUCCAAUAGUACAUUUAGCAUCUGGAGCGGUAUCAGGUUUAGCGUCAUGCGUAUUAUUACAACCAUUUGAUUUAGUGAAAACUCGUAUACAACAACAACGACAACAUCAUAAAAAUGACGGUCGAAAAUCAUUAAAUAGUACAGUUCUUCGAACUGUGAAAGAUAUUAUUGAAAAAGAUAAUAUAAGUGGAUUAUGGAAAGGAACUGUUCCAACAAUAUUAAGAAAUGUUCCUGGAUCAGCAUUAUAUUUUUUCACAUUAUCAGAAAUCCGACAUAUUUUUUCUUUAAGACAUCAAAGAAAUAUUUCACAGAAUUCUACAAAAUCCUCUUUACCAGUAUUAUCAAAUAGAGAUAAUUUAAUUUCUGGUAUGGUUGCUAGAGGUUCUAUUGGAUUUAUUACGAUGCCAAUUACGAUUAUUAAAGUUAGGUAUGAGAGUAAUCUUUAUAAUUAUAAAAGUAUAUGGGGAGCUUUUACAUCUAUUUUAAGACACGAGGGAAUAAAAGGAUUAUUUUAUGGGUAUGGUGCUACCGUUAUCAGAGAUGCACCUUAUGCAGGAUUAUACUUACUAUUUUAUGAACGAUGGAAAUUAUUAAUGAGUGCUAAUUCAUUCACAAUAGCUUCACCAAUCAUACAUAUGACUUCUGCUAUUAUAGCAGGUCUUUCGGCUACUACUAUUACACAUCCUUUUGAUAUGCUUAAAACAAGAGUGCAAUUAAAACCUCAAAAUUAUCCUAAUAUUUGGAUAGGAGCUUUAAAAAUAUUUAAGGAAGAAGGAUUCCUUAGAUUUUUUGAUGGUUUAUCACUUAGAUUAGGUAGAAAAACUACACAAGCUGCUAUCAAUUGGACUAUAUAUGAAGCAUUAGUUACUUGGUUUCAACAAAGGAGAAAGGAGAUUAGAUAAUAUAGAUUAUUAAAAUGUAAACAAAAAAAUUUUAAUUGAGAAAUAA